CUCUACGAGUUUCCCGGCUCAAGUAACGUGUCGGCUCAAGUAACGUGUACACACAUACUUGUCCCCGAUACCGUACCUCGGGCUUAGACUGGCCGAUCGCGGAAGUUGCUGGCGCGAGCCGGCGGCGGAAGCGUGACGAGCCUGGGACGCCCGGGGUUUUUCUUCACUGCCUCGAGUGGUGCUCGCAAGUCUUGGUUCUUUCAGAUCUGCCUUGAGUGGAUUGCAUUUUGAUCAAUUUGCUGUGUAUCAUUGUUGUGAUAUCUCCGGUGUUCUCACACAUCUCCCCUCAGUGGUUCGCCAUAUACCUACCUUUCGUGAUCUUGUUUGUGCCAGAUGCCUCAUGUGCGGAGUCUCGCAUCCAGGUGUAGACGUCGGGCUCGGGCUUGCCAACUUCGCUGGGUUCGACAGGAUUGUCCUCUUCCGUUGGUGCUCGAUGGCCUAGUCGCCCGUGACACGGUAUUGCAUGAAGAGUUGGAUACUAAGGCUAAUGAGCGUGACACGGUAUUGCAUGAAGAGUUGGAUACUAAGGCUAAUGAGUUGUUGACUGCAUUACUCCAUCCCUCCGAUAGCUGCGCAAUAGUUGAUUCAGUUGUAGCUCCCGACACGUCUCCUUCUAGGAGUGUUCGGGUCGAGGAUUGUGUUCCAGAGGUCCGCUACGCGUCUUCAAUGGAGGAUGGGACCCAGGUUGACUGCCCAAGGAAGCUUUCAGUUCGUACGAGAGUUGCUUCAGUUUCAGUCCAUGGAAGUGGAAUCGUUGCCAGUGGUAUGGAGUCGAGGGCGCUUGGAUGGUGGAAAUCUCGACAGAGUAUUGCUGGGGAGUGGCUCGGUACUGCAUCUGUCUCGCGUUCGCUUUCUUCCCCAUCGCGUGAUGUUCAGAGUUCUUCUUAUGGGAGUGAUGAUAAUGUUCCUGCGGUCCGCUACACACCUUCAUAUGACCCUAUCGCCGAAAAUGAGCGUGAAGUGUACGAUUCAAGUUCUGAUGAUGUCGACGCCAUGGACGAUUGGCAAAUUGGCGAGAGAUACGCGGCUGAGAUCAAAGACGUUUUGGCUCAUAUCGAGGUCUCUGUGGAAGUUCUAGGUAAUGAUGUUCUUCGGGAUAAACAUCUUGCCACUCAGCUGGAGAUAGAUAAGACUGGUGAAUAUCUUGCCAUUGGAACUCGAGGUAUGGAAGCUCACGAUCUGCUGGAUGAGCUUUAUAGGCUGCAUAAGGCGAAGGAUGAUCGUUGGCAUGGGUUUAUUUCACGGCUAAGGGAUGAUGAAUUCUUGACAAAGGCCGAGCGGCAAAACUGCGUGAGUAAUCUGUUGAUGGUCCAUGAUUUGAAGUUGGAAGACAUUCGGGAACACAUUAAGACAGGGACGGAGUUUGAGUAUGGACGCGAGAAAGAAAUAGAGGAAUUGAGCUUGUGUAUGGAUGCGUGGAAAGAUUUUCUUAUGAGUAUGUCUGGCUCCUUCUAGUCCCCUCCAUUGUGUGAUAACUUGUCAUGUCUUGAACUUGGUCUUGGGCGUGCCGUGUUUCGUUGAGUGGUCUCCCCUUCGUGUCACAACGCGACGCCCGCGGAUCCUUUCAGAGUGUAUGACAGUGUUUUGAAUUCUCUGCAGUUUCAGAAUAUACAACAGUUUCCUCCCUACAUCCCGAACGCCGAGAGCAAUAGGGUAAUCAUGUAUACACUUUCUACCCUAUCGAUUGUGCGUUCUCACAGGUUGUUCUAUGGAUGACACAAACUUGAUAUUUGCAGUUUCUUCUCUCAAUGCCAGCUCCUACGGUUCUCAAUGCCAGCGCCUAUGAUUCGUCUCAAUGCCAGCUCCUACGAUUCUUCUUAAUGCCUGCUCCUACGGUUCUUCUCAUUGCCUGCUCCUACGAUUCUGCAUAUAUUGUGUUUCUGCGUUUGUAUUUGUAUUUCAUGAAUGUGAUUGGUUAUUCAGUACAGCUUCGCUGAUAUUAGCAGCUUCGCUGCCUCUGAGUUCCCUUGAGAUCAUGUUUUAUAAGUGCUUCCGCACACACGUUUGGUGUGUCCGUCGACGCCUGACCUUGUGCUUGCUCGUGGCCCUAGGGCCAGUCCGAGCCUCGCAAAGCCGCAAAGAGGACACCACGCCCGAAAUCCUUCCUGGCGAGCCCUCGGAAGCUCCCCUGAAGCGCUUCCGGGGCUCUGGGGGGCUCUCCUGGAGCGCUUCUGAAACGCUGCCAGGAACGCUUCCACGCGUGCCUGCGCGCGUGCAAGCACGCGUAGACGCUUGCCGGAAGCUCUCCCGGACCCGCUGCCGGGUCAGGCGAGGCGCUGCGGGGAUCGUGGAGCGGUGGGGAUGACGUUCACGCCCUCUCAAAGGGAGAAGAUCGAGUGGUAUGCAGGGCACCGCCAUCCUUUUCCAGUGGGUUUUCAACUGGCACCUAAUUUGGAAUUGUGCCCCCCAGAGGGCUCUGGGCUGGCAGCUGCGCAUUUGGGCGCGCCGAUCGAGCCGCCGCUGCGGAGCAAGCCUUGCGACGCAGACUGUUCACAGACGAAUGGUGCUUGAAGUCAAGCGCCGAAUGCUGUCAUCGCGCUGGAUGGGCGGCUGUUCGCCUUCAUGAUAACGGGGAAUCUACACGGCUCUUUAUCGACCAAUUGAGACCGCCCUGCCGCAGACGUCCCCAGCAGCCGAAUGAAUCGCCUUCUGCGCUGCUGCUCUGACGGGGUCCACAGACCGCGAAUUUGUCACUGAUUUCAUGGGGGCCCUUAGUCUCAAUCGCCGUGCGUGUAUCGCGCUGGAUAGAGAAUCGCGCUACGCAGGUCUCAGCAAACUGGUUCUUGUAGGCGCAACGUGGACUUCGAUUUGCCACGUCAGCAAAGUGAAAAGCCACCGGGAUGUAGACUCGCUCUGCGCCGGCGCGGACGUGCACUUUAGAGCUCUCGAUUCGAUUUUGAACAGGAAGCCAGAUUGCUGGCCGUUUUCUUGAUGUUUGUAGGUGGAGCCCUUGUGGACCCAGCUGGCAACCAGACGCGCCAGCAAACACAAGUUUAGAAGGAGUCGAAGGCCUAGCUAAGAUCAAGAGAGGUGUGCAGGAUGCUCGAGAAAUUCUGGCGCAGCCUGUCGAGCGAAGGGCGUUUCUCUCUCCGCAGCCGCCCCAUCUCCACAACCUGCUUUCCUUCUGUCCUCCUCUCCUUCUUCUCCUCCUCCUGCUCCUUUUCCUCCCCCUCCUCAUCCUCAUCCUCCUGCCUCCUCUGGAUUAUCUGUCGGAGCCUCGUGGUUGUCGUGUCCCAGGGAGGGAGACUGCCAGAAGUUUCUCGCGCACGCCAGGUUUCAGAGGCAGACGAAGUGGGUGUGCGCCCGCUGCCUGGCGUGGGCUUGCAAGGACAGCACGAAGACUCGCAAAAUCAGGCUCGCCUGCCCAGAUCAUAAUAGUCUACUGUCAUGUUUAGUUCAAGAGGACAGGGGGCACAGGCUCUCAACACUUCCUUUCUUAGCUGAUGAGGAAGCCUUCCACCGCGGAUGUGCGAGGUGCGGGGCCCACACUUCGAGAGAUGUGCGUUGCUUGGCUAGAACUUGUCAAGGAGGUUUCUCGUCGGGUGUCCAGCAGCACCGCUGGAGCUGGAUGUUGAGGGGACAGCAUUGUUUUGGGCGCCCUCGAGUCGAUAGUGCCUCCAGAGGGCAGCUCGCCAGCAUCAUCCUCAU